GCAGGCGCAGAACUUUGAGCCAUCGAUUACUUCCUAUCACAGGAGUGGAUGUUCCGCACGAAAGCAACGCCCAUGGCGGAACAGCUACGAAACGCUGGAGGCCACCAACUUGGCCUGUGCGUGCUUUGCGGUUUACCAGCAGCGGGUAAAACAACGAUGGGGCAGGCGCUGAGCCAGUUCCUAAGGAAGCGCAAGGGGUGGCAGUGCGUUCUUCUUACUUACGAUGAUCUCAUACCAUCGGAAGCUUUUAACCAAUUGAAAGAAAGCUCAGGACAGGAGAGGCAGCAGUCAUUGAUGUCACACUGGAGAUUGUACCGUCAGGAAUUAUUGUUGUAUCUUGAACACAUCCUUCAGGCUUUUAUUAAAGGAUGCCAUUAUUCUCCUCCUCCCAACAGAACUGAAACAACAUGGAAAAGGUUUGCCUGGUAUUUGAAAGAACAAGGAUUAAUAUCUCCAGGAGCACAAACAGAAGACUCUGCAUCUUGUCAAUAUUUGAUAGAUUUUACUCCUCUCAGACCAAUAUAUAUUAUUUUAGAUGAUAACUUUUAUUAUCGGAGUAUGAGAUAUGAAGUGUACCAGUUAGCUCGUCAGUAUACACUGGGCUUCUGUCAGUUGUUCCUAGACUGUCAGGCUGAUGUUUGUUUAGAGAGAAAUGGUCAGAGAAAACAACCAUUACCUGAAGAAACCAUAUGGGCAAUGGUACAAAAAAUUGAAAUUCCAAAUCCAGAGAAAUACCCAUGGGAACAGAACAGUCUCAUUCUGAAGAGUGGAGAGUGUUCAUUAGAAGAUAAUCUUCAGGUGCUCUGUUUGUUAUCUACUGCUUUGGAAAAUCCAGUGAAACCUCUGGAAGAGAAUACAGACAAAAAGGAAAUUGAUCAAGCUAUUUGUGCAGCUAGUAUUCUUCAUCAAGCUGACCAGGCUAUCAGGCGAGCUGUCUCUCAAACCAUGAAGAAUGCUAAAGACAAUAACCUUACCCCAAAUGAGAUGAAGAACUUGGCAGAUGAACUAAAUAAGCUGAAAGUAGAAUUCUUGGAGGAUUUAAGAUACAAGUCUAAUGAGAAAAAUAACCAAUCGGAUAUAAAUAUAACUUCUUCAUUCAGCCAACAGGCAGAUGACAUUGUUAAUAAGUAUUUAAGGAAGGAGUAUUAGCAUUUUGUUUUGCUCAGUGAAGUGGCAUCUGGGUUUGACAACAACACUAGAUACUGCACUCUUGAGAUUUGGCAUUUCCAGUGCCAACCAUCUGAAACAGGUCUGGCUUAUAAUAUUUGAUGUCUCAUUGUAAAAAGAAGGGACAUUCCCUCAGUCUCUCAGCCUCAAAGUGAAUGAGAAAAAUACCAACUGUACUAAGAAGCUUCAGGAUCUACAGGGUGAAGAAAGAUGCAAGAUUUACCACUUGAAAUAUUUUACUAUUUGCUGUAAUUUGAAAUAUUGCUGAAGCCAGGAUCAUUGACUCAUACGCAUAACCCAGAUGUUGUUGGACUCCCAAAAUCAUAUCAGCCCCAGCCAGCAUGGCUAGCAGGCUAACGGACUAUUAGUCCAACAUCUGGAGAGCUAAAGGGCAUAGUUGGCAAACUAUGCAAAGCCUCAGCACUGUGAGGAAAUACUGCAUCAUCAGAAUCAAAAGGACUGUGCCUUUCCAUCUUUGAGGGUUGAUGUUGCAUUUUUAAAAAUAUUUUCCAAGUUUGGAUCCAACAAACCACAAGAACUAACCUUGCAGACGCCUCUUUGAAAGGCUGAGGACUAUCCCAAACAUGCAAGGAAGCUCUGCUCAAUUUUGGGCAAUUCCUUCUUCCCUGCUGCUCCAUCAUACACUGUUCAAGAAGGUCAUCCAAUCCCCGAGAGGCUGAAGGGUCUCAAGGGAAGGAGAAAGAAUCCAGUCUUCAGUACAACCUGGGAAACUUAAUACCAGAAAGGAGAGUGAAGUGUAACAAACCCAUUACAAAGGUACAGGAUGGGAGAAUAGAAACAACCUUUUGCACCAUAGUAACUUACCAAAGUGUGCCUGUAACCAGUUGGAAAGUGGGUUGCGUAUAUUGACUUCCACUGCAUUUCUAACCAACUGCAAGGAUUUGGCAAGAUUCUCCUCACCAUUUGGCAAGUUACCAACUGGCAUAGUCUGGUAAGUUAUCACUUGGCAAAUGGUCCUCUGCCUUUAUCCAUUGCUGUUUCAUGUUACCAGAACUAGUGCCAUCAACAAGAGCUAGUAAUUCCUGGACAUAAUCCUUGUAAUAGAAGAAACAUUAGAAAAGUGUUGUUUUUAUUUUGUGUGGCUGUGGGUGUAAUAUCUUAUACAAAAAUUACAUUCCAUAAUAUGAAUUAUAUGAAAUAUAAUAAUCUUUUUUCAAAAGACCAUCAGUACAUGUUAGAAAGUAUUUUUCCAUGUCCCAAUUUUUGAAUUGUCCUUAAUGUUUUUUAUACUGGAAUAAAUAUUAAGAAAGUUUUAGAGGCAUACUUACCAUGAGUACUCCAUAAAAUAUGCUUCAAGCAGGGAAUUGCUUUCCAGCACAAAACAUAAUUGGCUCUGGUUUUGUUUUUUAAAAUUAUUUAAACUGACAGAAGAACUCUGCUGGGCUGGCACAUAUUUCUAAUUUACAUUCCCUUUGUCAAAAUAUUAAUAGAAUGUGGCAGAACAGCAAAUGGAACAAGACUAACACUUCCUUUCCAAUACUAUACUGUCAUAAUGUUAACAGAAAAUCAAAAUGUGCUGCUGUCACGAAACACACUGGAGACUCAAUCCAUCCAAAGAUAAACACUUUCAAGCCUCAUAUCUGCAUAUGCUUAUCUCUCCCAUUGAAAUCACUGACUGGGCUUCGAAAAGGGCUAGCUUUAGCUGCCCUUGCUCUUUCCCAUUACUGUUCUUUGUUAGUUACUCUCCUAUUAAUUGUAAAAAUAAAAAUCUAACUUUUGGUUGUAUCUGUAUUCCAUAUACAUAGUGUGACAGACUCCAGUCAAAGAUUAUCACUCUUUUUGUUCAGUACUGCAGAUAGCAAAGGGCUUAAAAAUAUUAAGAGCAACAUAAUAAGGUAGCAGUCCACAAUCCAUAGCGCCAGAGUUAGUGGGUUAUAGACUGCAGUUUUAACAGCCGUAUCUCUUACAAUGCUGUUAUUUGCACACAGAAGCUGAAUUCAUCUGAAGAAAAUAUUAACAUAAAAUUCAAGAUAAUUUUUGUAACACAACAUUUAGCAAUGCAACUUAAUUGAAGCUCGUUAUAGUAUUAAAUAAUGAUUUUAACUAAUAGAACUGUUGCUGAGAUUUUACUGAUUUGGGGCCUGACUUGUAAAUCUGUAUGUAGUCUCCUAUAUUUUGAUGAAAAUGAGCCAUACUAAUGAGGAUGUUUUGGAAUCAGUAACUAUAGCUACUAGCUGUAGCUUUUUCUUAAAACAGGCAAGAAGUUCUGUACAAGAUUAUAGGGAAAGAGGGCCAGUGAAAAAGAUGUUAUGUUUAGAAAUGAGAAGUUUGUUUUGAAUUGUAUAGCAUAGAUUAAUGAGGUAAUAAGUUUUUUCGAAACUCCAAUCCUGCAUAUUUUAUUAAUGAAAUGGGCCCCAACAUAUCAGUCAUAGGGUCAGAGAUUGCUAUAUGCUAUCCUUAUUCCAGUAGAAUUAGUAAAGGCAGCAUUGUAGUUAGUACAUCAUCCACUGACAUUCUAAACUAUGUUUUGGCAUUGCGGAUUCCAAUGUUAGAUGAAGUUGCCUGCAAGCCUUUGUCUGCUUUUUGUCCCAUCUCCCACUUUCUGUUGGAUUAAAUCUGUCAUCGCUCACAGCUCAGGUGUCAUUACUCUCUCUCUGGCUGAAGCUUUAAAAACAGUAGUGUUUAGGAUUUUACCACCCAUCUCAACAGGGGUCCUGCCCUUUCAAUAGCUGCAUGAUCAGUAGAAUCAGAACAUGUAGAUACUCAGGGUAUCUACAUGUUGCAAAACUUCACCUCUUGACUACCUGACUAUCUUUAAGAGAUACCGGAACUCUACCAAAAAAAAAAGCCAGUGACCCUAAUCUCCUUAUGGCCCCCAAUUCUGUGAAUAUUAUAUAUUCCUAGUACACAGCAGCAUUCAGCAACCAAGAUUUGCUAACACACCAUACUGAGAAGGUAGAGAUGUCUCAAUAAAGCUCCUCCCCCUGACGUACUCAACAUUGUUUUUGUUACGGCCACUCCUCUCUCUAUCCUUCUCCCAUACCUAUGUGGUCAUUCAGCCUGCCUGUCUUCCUCCUUAACGUGAUUGCUAUUUCACACGCCACUAAGACCAGCAGGUCUGUUUUUGACAAGGGAAGAAACAAAUACUAGAAACAGGUUGGGAGUGGAGAUAUCACCAGCUGUUGUUCAUUGGCUAUUAUUUAACACAUACCUGAUCGACACAUAGAUUGUUUGUAGAAAUUUCAUCAAGAUGACCCAGCUAGGAUAUAUAAAAGGAUUAUUUUUAACAGCUUUUAUUUAGCUGUGUUAGCUGAUUCAGCAUCUCCAGCAUUAUUAAUUAAAACAUACAUAGUAUAUUUUAGGUUCUCUGCUGUUGUAGCAUGCAGUCCCAGUCAAAACUAAUCAGAAAUUUGUCACUGACUUCCCGAGUGCAAUAUAUAUGGCACUAGAGUAGCAAACCUGGAAUUUGGUGCUACAGCAUUUUAGAGACGCAGAAGGCAAUUCCAAAAAUAUUCUGUUGAAAUACUUCUACAUAUCAGAAUGCAAACACUGAAUACAGUUACACAAACGUAUUAAGACACUGAAUAUUAAUUUUGAGAAAGAUACCUAUGGGAAUUUUGAAAACAAAUUAAGAUCUUAACUAUAGCUGCUUGAAAGGACUUUUCUUCUGAGAACUAAUUAAAAAUUAAAAAGAAAUUUUCUCACACUGAAGGGAACUCUGAGUUCAUUAAAUUGUUUCAAGCACAGUGCCAACAGCUUAUCCUGCACUAUUACACGCUGUGUACCUGGGUAAGUACUGUACCAUUACCACCCUUUAUUAUAGUUUAGGGCCUUUCUGUGACUACAGGAGGAAAGAAAGCCUCAUUGCUUAUGUGGGCUUCUACUUGCAUAACUUUUUGGACAUAAUCUUAUUAUAUUGGGCUUUGCUGGUGGGUUUUUUUCUUUUGCACUGGCCCAUGAUGACUUAACUAACCCAAGAGGACUUUUCUAACCUGUGCUUCUAUUUUGGCCAUUAGAAGAAUGCUCAUCUACCGAAAGAUUUGAUCAUCAGCAGUUGUAUACCAGAUACAUCUUCACACAAAGGCACGUAAUUAGGGAUGUGAAACCAUUCAAUAAAAGCACUUUG